GUAUUUCGUACAGGCAAACGAGACUGGUGUAAUGGCGGGUCAAAGAGACUAUGAUCCACUGGUGAUACUUGUCAGCGGGAAAAGGAAGAGUGGAAAAGAUUAUUUUUCUAAUACUGUACACAAAAAGUUAGGCUCUGAUCUUUCAACAAUUUUACAUAUAUCCGAUCCCUUAAAAAGAGAGUAUGCCAAGAUAAAUAGCCUGAAUUUUGAUCGUCUAAUGGACUCAUCAAGCUAUAAAGAAAAAUACAGAAUUGAUAUGGUGGAAUGGGGAGAAAGGAAACGUAAAAGUGACCCAACCUAUUUCUGCAGGAAGGCUGUUGAGACUUCUUUAGACAAUACAGUGAGAAUUUGGAUCAUUGCAGAUAUCAGACGCUUUACUGAUAUUUAUUUUUUUGAGCAAUUCAAAAACUUGAAAGUGAGGAUAAAAGCAGAAGACAAAAUAAGAGAGAAACGUGGCUGGAUAUUUACAAAAGGAAUUGAUGACUGUGAGACAGAAACAAACUUAGAUGAUUAUGCCAACUGGGACUUUGUUAUUAAUAACAAUGAUGAUAGCUUUCAAAUGGAGAAGGAAAUUGAAAAACUUUCUUCAAGACUAAAGGAGCUAAUUUGCUAGAAGACUUUGAACUUGAAAAUCGUUUCUGUCACCUACUCUUGGUCUUUGUUUCAAGACUAUCCAAAACUUUACAUGUCUAGAAGCAGCAAGUGCCCUCAAAAUCUAAGACUGCAUGUUUCUAUAACUAAAUCUCUCAGGAAGAUCAGACGUCAAAUUCAAUUCACACAUAUUAUUAAAUAAUUUUUUAAAAUAUUGUCUUCCAUUAUUAGUCUUUUUUUAGCCUAUCAUAACUUGUAUUUAGGUUUCUGAUGGGAUAUCGUGUUGAAAUAAGAAUUUAAUAAAUAAAUAAAAUAGAAAAAAAUCUAUUUUUCGAACAAAAAUUCCACUUCUAUAAAAUCCCAAAAACCAUUAUGAGUUGUUCGUAAACACCUACAUUCCUGGGACUGUGCUAAGGUAAAAAAUUGCUUGAAGGGGGGCUUAUUAUUGAAGUGCCCAAAUGUUAUUUGCUUCAUUGAUAUAGAAAUGCCAAAUGGAGCCUUAAAUGUGACAAAUUUUACCUUAUUAUUAGGGAAUCCGAUAGCCCUGAUGUCUUUUGCAGCCCCCCAGCCCCUAUGUCUCCUACGCAUAUCAGACUGUGUUUCCUUGCCGGUUCUCAGCAUGCAACAAAGAGAAAGCAAAAAUCAUCUAUUUUAUCUUAAGCAUACCAAUUCAUAUAUUUAAUACAGAACAAAAUUUUAUCACAAGCAAUUGUACUUAUAAUCAUUUGCUUGAGUUUUAGUGGUCCUUGUUUGCUCUUUCUCUGCCAGCAUCAGCAAACUGAAAAGUGGCAACAGGCUCACCAUAUUUGAUUUUUUGUCCUACAUCAAUGUGAAAUUUCAUGUCACCAGGUGCACUGAAUAUCAAAACUAUGGAGGAACCUAGAUCAAAGCCACCAAGUGGCUCACCACGUUGAAAUGUGAAGCCAGCUGCACCAUAAAGUCUAUCAUUGUAGGCCAUCUCUAGUCUACCAGCAUUUGUUUUGAAGU